AUGUCGGUUGUACUCGAUGCGGUGAACAACUUCUUUGGGCCCAGUCACUCCCAGUUCGCCUAUCACGAAGCGCCACGAGCGCACGACACCGAACCUCCUCCGAAGAAACGUAGCCGGACGCCAACGAGGUCGGACACACCUAUGUCCGCCUCCCGGCAGCGAGCAUCGAGCUCAUCGACCUCGCGCACAGCACAAGAGCAGAAUGUGCCCUCCCAGCAGACAUCGCGGACACCCGCGCAAACAUCAGAACAGAGCGCAACGGAAGCGCCUGAGCCACCUUUAGCGCCAGUAUCUGCCCCGCCCUCAGAGGCGUUGCAGCCGGCUGCAGAAGGACAGCACACCCCAACAGCACAAACAGCAGAUGCACGACAAGGUCGGCCUGCUAAGAUCAAAGUGCGCGAUUUGGAGCACAUCCAGAGCUUCGCGACGCAAGACAUGGGCGCAUUCUCUGAGAUAAGCAGCCGCAGCCAGUCAAGAUCGCGGGGGCAGCAGGACGAAGCGCCACAAUACGAGAUCAGUGACAUGAAGGUCGAGCACAUCAUAGAGAUGGUCGCUGGACUUCUGACGAAGAUCACGACUACGAACGACCAGCAGCAUGAGCAUUUGCAUCGCCAACCGCCUGCGAUGGACGGCGCAGCACACCUGAACCCAACGACGAACAGCGUCCUUGCAUUCCACGGGAAGAACGUGCCUAGCAUCACCAUCCUGAGCUAUCUGAGCCGCAUCCACAAGUACUGCCCCACUAGUUACGAGGUAUUUCUGAGUUUGUUGGUGUACUUUGAUCGCAUGACGGAAAGGGUCAAUGCUGGGCCGAUGCAGUCUUUGCGGCAGGCAAACGAGGCAGCAUUGGAGCAAGAUCGAAGCGCAGGCGGAUCGAGCGAGUCAUUGACGGACCAGAUGGAGGGAGUAACAGCUACUACACCCCAGGGUACCCAGACAGCGACACCGCCGGCUUCUGGCGGAUUGGAGAAGGGACAGCACGAUGGACGGCCAGGGACACCUCACAGCAGGUCAUACCAGCCAGACUCGCCUUCGAUACCACAAGAGCCGACAGCAGACCCAUACAACCUCUCGCACUUCUUCGUGGUGGACAGCUUCAACAUCCACCGGCUGGUCAUAGCCGGGGUGACGUGCGCCAGCAAAUUCUUCUCCGACAUCUUCUACACGAAUUCUCGAUAUGCGAAGGUCGGCGGCCUCCCCCUCCCCGAACUCAACCACCUCGAGCUCCAAUUCCUGCUCCUCAACGACUUCCGCCUCUCCAUCCCUGUCGAGGAAAUCGAAGCCUACGGCACUAUGCUCGUCGAGUUCUACGCCCGCGAAGUCGUGGCGCAGCAGCGCGCAGCGCAGGCGCAGGCCAUGCAGGCGCGUUCGCUGAGUGAGAGUUCUUCGGAUAGCACGUCGACUGUUCGCGCGGUUGCGUGA